CAAACUUUUCUGACACCUACCUAAUUGGCUUACUUCCUCUAUAAAUACCCACCUUGAGGUAAGGAGGAUUAUUGAGUAGCCUUUCAAACACAAGCUGUAGCAAUGAAGUCCAGAAUACAAAUGCCCCUUCUCGUUGUCCUCUUCUUAGCCUUCGUCUCAGGAGGCUUAUCAGCUACCUUCACUUUCAAAAACAACUGUGGGUACACAGUCUGGCCGGGGACAUUAACGGGAGAUAACAAGCCCCAACUUUCUUCAACUGGUUUCGAGUUGGCCUCUGGAGCUUCAAAUUCCAUAGAUGCCUCAGCUGGAUGGUCCGGCAGGUUCUGGGGUCGAACAUCUUGCUCAUCUUCAACUGGAAGUUUUAAAUGCGAAACCGCAGACUGUGGCUCCGGUCAAGUUGCAUGCAAUGGGGCAGGAGCAAUUCCACCAGCCACCUUGGUAGAAUUCACUCUAGGCAGCCAGGAUUUCUAUGAUAUCAGCCUUGUUGAUGGAUUUAACUUGCCACUCUCAGUGACUCCACAAGGUGGAACUGGUAACUGCAAAUCAGUGGGAUGUUCAGCUAAUGUCAACUCGGUUUGCCCAUCCGAGUUGAGUGUGAAGGGGUCUGAUGGGAGUACAAUUGCUUGCAAAAGUGCCUGCGAUGCAUUUCGCACUGAUGAAUACUGUUGCACUGGUUCCCAUAAUACGCCUCAGACUUGUCCACCCACGAAAUACUCUCAAAUCUUCAAGGGCCAGUGUCCACAAGGUUACAGCUAUGCAUAUGAUGAUAAGACAAGCACAUUUACAUGCACCGGUGCUAAUUACCUCAUCACCUUCUGCCCUUGAAUUCUUGAAAUGGAUGAUUUCAAUAGCUUGGUUACAGAAAAUAAAUACAUAGAUAGAAUAUGAUAGAACCAAGCAUGUAAAUCAUUUAGAAUGAGAGAGAAAUCUAUACUGUAAUGAUUAUACUUUGGGUUUGUAAUUUUUUUGCUAAAUGGUCAGAUUUUAUUAAAAAUAGAGAAAAAAAAAUGAAUAUUACAAGAGC